AUGGUGUCCAUGGCGCUUUCUGCGACUCCGUGCUGUGGACAUCAACAGUUUCGGUUGUCGCCGGCAAUCAGAAAUGGCGGAAGACAUGAGCAUCAUGAGCAUGUGGUGAAGCAGUGGAUGUGCUGGAAACAAAAGAUACGCUGCGCAGCAGCUGCUGUGCUCUGUGGUGCGCUGAGGGCCCGCAGCCGCUCCCUGGGGGGCCGUAGGGCUCAGGGUGAGUCUGAGAUGGAAGACCCAAGCCGACGUGCUGUGUUGAGCCUGGUGGCUGGAGGUCUUGCUGUGGGUGGUGUUAAUGCUGCCUUGAAGGCAUCCGAUGAGAGAUAUGCUGCUUUCGGUACGAUCUUGGCACCAGCACCCUACAAGGAGACGAUCCGCACGGAGCUUGUGCCAGGUCGAAUCUGGGGCUUUGAGCAGUGCAUCGCACUGGCUUCGGUCUCAACCAACAUCCGCAUGACCGUGGUGAAGCUUCAGGAUGGAAGCUUGUGGGUCUCGGCGCCGAUUUCGCCCACACGGCAAUGCCUGAGACUUUUGGACGAGUUGGGUAAAGUAUCUCACCUCGUAGUGCCCUCUACUGCUUUGGAGCACAAAGCAUCGCUCUCGGAGUUUCUGCGGAUUUACCCAACUGCCACGGUUUGGGCCACACCAGGCCAAAGCUUGCCCAUCACGGUGCCGGACACUGCGCGCAUCCUUGGACGUGACACAGCUCCCUGGGAAAACGAGCUGCCAUGCAAGGUCUUCUUUGUGGAGCCGCCGGUGACGGAUACCUUUGCUGAAGCCGUCUUCUUUCAUUCGGAGACACAUACGCUCUUGGUCACCGAUUGCGCCUUGAAACUUCCUUCAAAGCCACCCAAGAUUUUGGAGUCCUACGGCUAUGACGGGACGCCUGGACCUAUCUCUUUGGAACAAUGGAGAUACAAAGCUAUCGCCUUUGACUUCGUCACUGGCCGGAAUCAGGAUGAGAAGGAUUUUGCCGCCCUCUCAAAGCCGCCAGCAUUAGUAAAUCCGUUGCUCCGUUUCAUCGUCUACCGCCGAUGCCCAGAGCAAGCAGCAGUUUGGGUGAGAGAUGUGGCCAAGUGGCCGUUUCAAAAAAUCAUUCCCGCACAUUUGCAGGCACCUUUUGAUUGUACGCCAUCACAAUUUUUGGAGGCCUUUGGGUUCCUCUUCAACAAGAAGACAUCCUGGGAGCCGGAGGACGAGCAGCUGGCUUUCCUCAGGGCUGUCCGCGAUAUUGUCGGAGGUCCCACUUUUUGACGCAGUUUGCAGUGAAGAGUGCAAUG